AUGUCUCAAGGCAUUGUGGUUGUAGGUGCCGGUGUGAGCGGCUUGACAACCGCCCUUCUGCUCUCCAAGGCCAACAAAGUCACUGUCGUUGCAAAGCACAUGCCCGGCGACUAUGACAUUGAGUACACCUCACCAUGGGCAGGUGCCAACUUCUUGCCGAUGGCAAGCAAGGAAAACUCGCGAUGGGAGAGUAGAACCUGGCCAGAGCUGAAAAGACUAGCCGAGAACGUCCCCGAGGCCGGUAUUCACUUUCAGACUGUUGCAGAGGCCCGAAUGUUCAGGCGAGACAAGGACAUGAAGGGUUCUGUCCACCCUACCGAUCAUCUUCUUGACCGCGAUCCUUGGUGCAAGUCUCUGUUUCCCGACUUUCGGGAGCUGACGGCCGAGGAAUUGCCCCAAGGGUAUCAAUCCGGCAGUGAGUUCACUAGUGUUUGUAUCAACACUGCGACAUACCUCCAAUGGCUCCUGGGUCAAUGCUUGAAAAACGGCGUGAUCGUAAAGAGGGCCGUUCUCUCAGACAUCAGCGAAGCUAAGACAAUGAGCCACACCGGUUCUCCGGCAUCCAUUGUCAUCAACGCCACAGGCCUGGGCUCUCUCAAGCUCGGCGGCGUCAAUGACACUACACUCACACCUGUUAGAGGCCAGAUAGUCUUGGUUCGCAACGAAGGCCCCAUCAUGCUUGGAGUAUCCGGCACAGACGAUGGAUCUGCCGAGGACAUGUAUGUGAUGCAAAGAGCAGGAGGCGGAGGUACCAUCCUCGGAGGAACCUACGACAUUGGCAAUUGGAACGCCAACCCCGAUCCCAACAUUGCGCUACGCAUCAUGAAGCGCGUUGUCAAUGUUUUCCCCAGCAUCGCCGGUGGAAAGGGCAUUGAGGGUCUGGACGUGAUCCGACAUGGUGUGGGUUUGCGACCACUGCGAAAGGAUGGAGUUAGGAUUGAGAGCGAGAAGCUUGACGACUUGACCUGGCUUGUUCACAACUAUGGGCAUGCUGGUUGGGGAUACCAGGCAUCUUAUGGAUGUGCUGAGAGAGUUGUGGAGUUAGUUGAGGAGAUUAAGCAGCGCAGUGCGAGAGGAUCCAAGCUGUGA